AUGCCAGAUAACCUCAACAGCAGAUCUCCCACAAACGAGGCUGUAGAUGGAGUGGAGGGUUCAGAUCAGGAGAGGUCGCAGGGCUGUGAGAUGUUCUCCACACCAAAGUGCAAGUGCAGCAACUGCCAUCACAGCAGAUUUGGGUUUUUACUGAAUCUGAUCACGUUCAUCGCAGUAAAUAACAGCUCCUUCCAGAACGCUGCCACUUCACGAGCUCCCGUCUUCUUCACACUCUGUGAGGAGGCUCCCAGUCUUCAGUCAGGCAACACCAGAGAACCGUUAGUGCUCGGGCUCGGCUCCAAGAGCAGCAACAGGAGCGAAGACCGUCUGCGCAGAGCCGCCGGGCACUCUGAAGCCGGAGGAAGUGGGGCCUGCCAGUCGGACCUGCAGCGGGCUUGCAUGCGUCUGUUCCUGCAGGAGCGCCUGUGGGAGUUCCACCAAAAACAGGUCAACAUCCCGGCUGUGGAGCAGACCGUGGCCAGGAGGGCAGCGCUGGACAUCUGUGCAGAGCUGAGAGUGUUCCUUCACGCCAAGCUGCCAGACAUGCCGCUAAGAGAGAUGUACCUGAGUGGAAGCCUGUACGACGACCUCCAGGUGGUGACGGCGGACCACGCCCAUAUGAUGGUGCCUCUGGUCUUGGAGAAGAAUCUGUGGUCGUCUAUCCCAGGAGAGGACACGAUCAUGAACGUCCCUGGUUUUUGGCUCGUCCGCAGGGAGAACUUGGAAUAUUUGUGAACUAAGAGAAAAAAAAAACUAAUAUAAUCAGAUAGGACCUUUUUAAAAUAAAUAUUGUACACAAAUAUUGUAAAAAAGAAGAUAAAAGCCUAAAGUU